CUUGAAUGGCCGUUGUGAAAAUAUUAUUUCUGUUUUUAGCGUUUUCCUUAAACUGCGCCUUCUUUUCCGCGCUUUUUCUUUCUGCCCGUUGUAAUAAUGUCAUUUUUUUUUUUUGCUUUUGAAUUCCCUAUUUCAUAGUUGGUGAUUAUAUUUUGUUGGAGCAGUUACCUUGUGGAAUGUGUCAAUUUCCCUCGCUUUUAAACUACGUUCUGUAAAAGUUUCUCUCAUUCUUUUAAUUCUCUACUGAAAUUAACACAUAAUGCAGAGAAUUGAUAUGCAAUACAACUCUUGGCUGUUAUCAACUUCUCUCAAUCAAUAUUGCAAUAUGUACAUGCUUUGAAUCAUUGUGGGAAGCUCCAGCUUGAAAAUGGCAUUCUGCUUCCAAAUUGCAUAAAAAGUGCACGGCUACAGGUCUCAAGGGUUUCUGUUAUAGGGAGUUCAGUCAAAGAAUUUGAUCAGGGCAUAUGUGCAGGAUCAUAAAUUCACAGAAGAAUUACUGAAAAGGUUUUUAAAAUUUUAAUAAUAUUUUCCAGCAGCACAUGCAAAAGAUGUCAGAUAGGAUGGGAUAUGAGUUGCUGGAGGUUCCAGAUAACUCUCCAGAUCGUGCAUCUACACAGGAUUUUGGUCGUUUAAGAAGGGAUUUUGGGGCAAGGCGACAGCAUUCUGUUUCUUUUCGGAAGAGAAGUGGAGAGGAUGAAAACUUAAGCAGCAGAGAGCAAGACCAAACUGUAGGAGAAAAGGCCACUUUAGGUUCUUAUUUGUCCCCUGGUUCUGUAGCAACAUCAUGUAGAUUACAAUAUAGCUCGAGGAAGGAUGGUUCUACACAAAAGAAAGACCAUGGGCACCGGCAACGCACAUUUUCCUCUUCGGGGUUUCAUCCUCAUCGAUAUUUAUGUCAUCAGUCAGAAGGAUUAGCGAAAGAGUCAUGUAUGGAAACUUGUAGUAAUGUGUUGAAAGAGGACAAAAACAAUCGGACUCUUAAUAUUGAUGAAUUAUUUCAAACUGCUCUAGAGGAAGUUAAAAUGAAUGAGAAUAAUACACUUUCUGGUCAUUCAAUUUCUACACCUAUGCAGAAUCGAAGAAAAAUGUUGGUAUGCAAUGGUGGCAUAUGCCCAAAUGGAAUUGCUACAGAUGAAGCCAUGUCAAGCAAGAGUGUGAAAAGACUACGGGAGGCCAGUGUAGAGGGGCGUAUUAUGAAUGAUGAAUCUGCAGAUGCAAAUAGUUUCAUUAGUUGUGAAUCUUGUGGUCUUGAUUCGGAGCCUAAUAACAUUUCUUUACCUUUCGUUGGUCAACAAGAGGAUAGGAAGAAAGGCAAUGCAAUUGCAUCUGGCGGUAUGGUUGAAAUAGACAAGAAUAAGUGUGUCCAAUUGCUACCAAGGAGGAAGAGAAUGCGAGUUAAUUCUUUAUGUUCUGGAGAAGUUAACAGAUUCUCUGUAUGUAGAGAAUGUUCUAGUCAUUGGCCUUGUGGUUCUUCAAGUUCUGGAGAAGUUAACAGAUUCUCUGUAUGUAGAGACUGUUCUAGUCAUUGGCCUUGUGGUUCUUCAGGUUCUCGAGAAGUUAAUAGAUUCUCUGUAUGUAGAGACUGUUCUAGUCAUUGGCCUUGUGGUUCUUCAGGUUCUCGAGAAGUUAAUAGAUUCUCUGUGUGUAGAGACUGUUCUAGUCAUUGGUCUUGUGGUUCUUCAGGUUCUCGAGAAGUUAAAAGAUUCUCAGUAUGUAGAGACUGUUCUAGUCAUUGGCCUUAUGGUUCUUCAGGUUUGGCUACACAGGGCAAGAGCCAAGUUUAUACAAAUGAUGUUUUUCACAAUAGUUCAAGGGAAGCAAGUGCAAGGGCCAGACAAAUAGAACAAGAUGAACUCUUGGCCAAGCAGGUCCAGAAGGAAUUUGCACCAGGAGUCAAAGGAGGCCCACAGAAUCAAAGAAAAAUGUUGGUAUGCAAUGGUGGCAUAUCUCCAAAUAGGAUUGCUGCAGAUGAAGCCAUGUCAAACAAGAGUGUGAAAAGACUACGAGAGGCCAGUGUAGAGGGGCCUGUUAUGAAUGAUGAAGGAGAUGAGAAUAAUUUUGUGCAAUUGCCACAAAGGAGGAAGAGAACGAGGGUUAACUCUUUAAGUUCUGGAGAAGUUAACAGAUUCUCUGUAUGUAGAGACAGCAGUAGUCCUUGUAGUUCUUCUGGUUUAGCUACAAAGGGCAAGAUCGAAGCUUGUAGAAAUGAUCUUUACAUAAAUAGCUCAAGGGAUGAUGCAUCAGAAGGAAACAUAAAGUUUACUUGUAAGCCUCAGGGUUGCUCAAGAGUGCAUCAAAAUGAAAGGCAGCUGGCAAGGCUUGACAAAACCAGAGGUGGCUUACCGUCUUUAUCUUCGGUUGGGGAUCAAGGGAACACUUUUGAAGCAGGUUCACCAGAAGUUAUAUUCCUUGGGUCACGUAGACCAUCACGAAGAAAUCAUUCUUCUACUACUAGAACUAGUAAUGUUGUUCAGGAUUCCAGCUGUGGUGUCAAGGUUCAUGAUCAUACCCCUAUUGAUGUUGAUAGCUUAGAAUACCCUAUCAAUGGAGCUGUAAACCUAGAAGAAAGUAAUAAGGAAGCAAGUGCUAGGGCCAGGCAAAUAGAACAAGAUGAACUCUUGGCCAGGCAGCUCCAGGAGGAAUUUGCACGAGAAGUAUGCGAAGGAGGCGUACAGCAAGACGAUCAUAUUUCAGAUUUGAUGGUACAAAGGGAGUUAAGGGAGCAUGUAGCUGCCUCUGAUUCUGAUUCCGCUCCUGUUUCUACUGGCUUACAUCCAAGUUUUGGAACUAGGGGAAUGAGAGAACCAAGCCAUUCUUUGACAAUUCAUCCAUCACUACCUCCCUUUUUACCUGGUCAUUCAACUGUUCCACUACACAGAAGGAGAGAUGAAUUUUCAGGAAGAUGGCACCAAGCAUCAGGGAGACCAGUUCGUGGCAGCAGAUUCCAAUUCCUGUCACAUGGGAAUAUUGAAAUGAAUGCUCUUUUUAAUUUUUGGUGACCUAUUUUUCAGAGAGUAGAUGUGUUGGAAGCAAUGGAACAUGCUGUUGAAAGCAAUGCGACUCAUCGGUUCCUUGCUGGACUUCAACGCAACUUCAAUGAGAAUGAUUAUGAGAUGUUAUUGGCACUUGAUGAUGACAACAUUAAUUGGAAGGGUGCAUCACAACGGCAUAUAGACUGCUUACCCAUAUCAACUGUACAGAAUGAUAUUUCAGAUGAAGUCUGCUCCAUUUGCUUAGAGAUGCCAAAAUCUGGAGAGGUUCUUCGACAUUUGUUAUGCAUGCACAAAUUUCAUAGAGAGGUAGAGAUUAAAUUGUAAUAUCUUUUUUCUCAAUAAGAGAUUGUAUCUACUUUUGUAUUGAAAGCUACCAGUUUUCAUGUUCUCAUUAGUGUCAGAAGUUUGUUUUGAGACUAAUGAGUUAAUUUCUCAUAGCCAUGUUUAUUUAUGAUUUUCUGUUACUUUGUUGUUUACAUCUUGGCAUGGUUGAUUGCGGUGCAUUGAUCCCUGGCUUGCAAAACAAGCAUCUUGCCCUAUAUGCAAGUUAUCUAUUUAAAUACAUCCUGUUUAGGAGACAGUUACCUUGACAUGCAGAGCUGCACUUUAUUUACAGAAGCAUUUCUGAUUUGAUGACCAGGAGAUAUCAGCCACUAAUGCUAAUGAGAGUAUCAAGGGCUCUUUUCUAAUUAUUUCGUAGUAAUGUGGCCAUUUGUAUCUUUAGCACAGCCCAAUGGUUUCUUGCCCUUGAGGUGCAUUGCAUAGUUGUGUUUACGAAAUAGUUUCUCCUGAUAUGGACUGAUUUUGUGUAAUCCCCAAAUUUCAAGUUCCAUUGGAACUUCUAUUCUAUUAGUCUACUCUUAUUGCUUCUAAUACAAAUUGCCCAUUUGCUCCAUCCCUUUAACCUU